AUGUCGACCCCUUCUCGCCCUCUAUCUCCCGCCUCCUCUUACCCCUCCCUUACACCGUCCAGACUCCAAAUCGUCACCCGACCCUCCAGACCCCUUCCCACAACAGACUUGGAAUUUCAGCCUACCACAAGCAACGCGCCGGCGCAGUCCAUUGACGAUGUUCUGGCCCAGCUCGACCAGCUGCAUGACCAGGUUGCAUCCCGCCAGGCGAUCUGGCGUGCCACGGUCGAAGAGAGCGAGUACCAAAACACCUCUGCCGCUAUAACACGUGCAUCGCAGAAGGCCCUGGAUGACCGAGCCAAUAUCGAGCGGCUACGUGCCCGCGCGGUGGCUUUCUGGGGCCGCGACGACGCAUACGCCAUGUAUCGCAAGGUCCACAACCCCAACAUGGCCCGCCAGGUAAACCGGCUAGUGGCGAACCGAGUGCCCUUCAACGAGGCCAGACGGCGAUCAACCGCGCCAUCGUCGCCCGCCUUCGCGACACCCGCCGCGGCGUCCGCAAGGUCCAAGGGGUCACCCCCGGUGACAUUCUGGCUGCGUUCCACCAGCGGCACACUUCACCCCUCACGCAGACCGAGCUUGACGUAUGUCGUCUGCAGAUCGAUCCAGACGGGUUCUGCUGUCCAAUGGGCCAGGGCUACAAUCUGCCGCCCUUAA